GGACUAGAACCUCCGCCUCCGCCUUCUUUCUUCAUUCCAAGUAUUUGUUCUCUCUCAUGUCGAUCGGCGAGCAAGCUUGCAGCCUUGCUGCUCUGAUUCUCUACGAUGAUGGUAUCCCCAUCACGGCGGAGAAGAUCUCCACGCUGUUAAAAUCUGCGAAUAUUUCGGUCGAAUCUUUCUGGGCCACUUUGAUUGCAAAGCUUCUUGAGAAGAAAAAUGUUGAUGAUCUAAUUCUUAACGUUGGAUCCGGUUCGAUUCACUAUUUUGUUAUGCGGUGUGGGGGUGCCUCUGUGGCUGCGGCGGCUCCAGCAGCUGGUGGUGGGGGCGGUGCAGUACAAGAUGCUGCCCCUGCGGUAGAGGAGAAGAAGGAGGAGCCCAAGGAAGAAAGUGAUGAAGAUAUGGGUUUCAGUCUUUUUGAUUAGAAAUUGUCUUUUCUUUCUUUAUUUUGAUUGACAAACACUUUUAAUUAUCAUGUGUCAUUAAUGUAUGAUUUAUUUAGGAAUCUCAAUGUUGUUGUGGUAACUUAUGUUUUGGUUAUAGACUAUGGAUUUGUCUACAAGAAAAA